CAGCACAGUGUUCAUGGGUUCACAUCACAGUUAAAAAGGAAAUGUGACAGCUCACACAUCUCUAGAAUUACUCGCGUUCACCGAGCUGGGAAGUAGUAGCAUACAUCUCUGUGGGCACUGAAUGGAGAGCAGAGGAGGUUAUUCACCUAAAAGGAGAACUGAUUAAAAAUGGAACCAUCAAAAGAAUUUGUAUUCAAUUACAAAGGGUUUUAUUUUGCUGUAAAUACUUCACUUGAGUACGUAGCUUCCUUGGAAGAUUUUGAAAUCAAAGAUAGUGACAUAUUUCUAGCUACUUACCCAAAAUCAGGAACUGUGUGGACUCAGAACAUUUUGAGCUUAAUUAUUCAUGAAGGCCACCGUAAUGGAACAGAAAAUAUGGAGACCAUGGACAGAAUCCCAUGGCUGGAAUACAAUACGAAAAAUAAGGAUUAUGCAGAUCUUCCUUUGCCUCGUGUUUUUGCCACUCAUCUGCCGUACUACUUAGUUCCAAGAGACCUGAGAAACAAAAGAGGACGUGUUAUUUAUGUUACCAGGAACCCUAAGGAUGUUAUGGUUUCUUACUAUCACUUCUCCAAAUUCAUGUCCACGCUAGAGGAAAUACCAGAUUUUAACCUUUUCAUGGAGAGAUUUUUAGCUGGCAAAGUACUUGCCAGUUCGUGGCUGGAUCAUGUUGCAGGCUGGUGCAGUCAUGCAGAGGAUUUCAAUAUACUCUUCCUUACCUAUGAAGAAAUGAAAAAGGAUCUCAGAAGUGCUGUGCUGAAGAUCUGCAACUUCCUAGGCAAGAAGCUGAGUGAAGAGGAAGUGGACAGUGUUGUAAGACAGGCUACAUUUGAAAACAUGAGAAAAGAUCCCAGGGCAAACUACGAGAACCUGCCAGAUGACAUCGUAGUGAAAGACAAGGGUAGUUUUCUACGAAAAGGCACUGUUGGAGACUGGAAAAACAUCAUGACAGUGGCACAGAGUGAAAGGUUUGACAAAGUUCUUGAAGAGAAAAUUAAGACCCUGCCCAUCAAAUUCAUCUGGGAUAUUAAUGAUGAAAUGUAGGCUGGUUUUGAGUUUCAUCAUCCUGUGGUGUUUAUACUGGAAGGACAUAUCUGAAGUUCUGUAAGAAGAAAAUACAUCCAUUUUCAGCUAUGUUAUAGAAACAAUAACGAUGACAACUCAGUCACAAAAUGUGAGCUGAGGAAGCUAUUCAAUUCUACUAUUUUCCUGUUUGUAAUUUUACAAUAUAUUCUAAUUAACUUUCUUAGUAAACUGACUUCCUUUCUUCAUGUUUGUUUUUACUUUCAUUUGCUUUAUUAAUACCAGAGUUGUAGACAACCAAGUGAGGAUAGAUUAGUGUUGCUAAAGCUUUCUAAAAAAUGUUUCACUCAUGAAUUUCAUGAGGCUUCUUUCGGUAGAAGCUUCAAUAUCCAGACUGAAGUAAGAUUGGCCAGCUGUGCUAUAGUUAAGCUUUGAUAUGUUUGAGUUCCUGUUUCUUUGGUAAACACUGAUACUCAACCAUUUGCUAUUAAAGUGACCUUACGUUGCA